AUGGCCACCGAGAAGCGCACGAGUUUGUUAGAAGCUCUGGAGAGAGUUUGCAAUGUAGACGUGGAUGCGAUCGACCCCAAGGUUUCUACCAAGAUGCCAUUCAAACCCCACAAUCAAACAUCGAACCAGGUCAUUUGUUGCAACACUAUGCUCCAGCCAGAAUAUCGGGACAUCUUCUUGGAAAAUGUGAAGAGAUACGGGUCUCAUGGUUGGGAAGAAGUCUUUAACCGCGUUUCCGUCCAGUUCUGCGCAGACAACCGUAAAAACAUCACCGGCCGCGUUCUCGUACAAGUAUCACCCAGCCACGUUCACGACAAACAGGAAGUCUUGAAUCAGUGCCACGCCUAUGACCGAGCCUUUAGAGACCAUGGCAUCACACGUGAUCAAUACGCGAUUAAGAUCGCGUCGACUGGACCAGGUUUAGCUGCUGCAAAGAUUUUGAAUGACCAGGGGAUUAGAAGUUUGGGAACCUCAGUGUUUAGCCUUUCUCAGGCUAUUGCAGCGAGCCAGGCAGGCUGUCUUUUUGUGAGCCCGUAUCUCAAUGAGGUAGCCGCUUACGAAGAUGACUUUUUGAUGCACAAGGGAGAUGAUCCCGCUAUGACGCACCCGAUGGCUCCUCGCUUAGUCCAUAUUUUGGAGACGUACGCCAAAAUGUACCAAACAACAGGAAAGGACCAACCUCUUGUUGUAAUUGCGAGCAAUGCCAACGUUGGCGAGAUCAUUGCCACUGCCGAGUUGGGCUGCCAACACAUCACAAUCCUCGCCCACCAUCUUGAAGAACUUCAAAACACAACACUUGACGAUACCGCUCUCUCAAGAUACCCGUUCCUGAAAGACCCACCUCCCAAGAGACAGGCACCAUACUACAAGGACUUUAGAACAACAGACCGACUGAAGGGUCAUAUGAAGAUCGAUCCCUUGGUGGGCCCCACAUGGGACGGCAAGUUUGCCAGCACUAAGACGGAUUGGCUAGCGAAUGAUGGCGAAGCACUAACGAAGACAAUCGAAGCUGAUCCAGCUGUUAUGAAGAAGUUGAAGGAUGUCUUCGAGGCUUUUGGAGACGCGGAUGCAAAGGCUAAAGCUGCCAUUGAAAGCGAGAUUUACCCAUCUUAA